UAAUGUUAUAUUAUAUUCAUAUGAGGUGAAAUAACUCCAUAAUGUUCUCAAAAAGAGUCUGUAAAAUUCAGUGAUAAGUUAACGAGGACUUUAUGGUACUUUCACAUUGAAUGUUAUCACAUUCAUUUAGAGACUUUGAGAAAGUUUGCAGUAAGUAAGUGCACUGAAUGUGUUGGAACUUUUUUUGGUGCAUAUGAAAAGUUUAUCGGUACAAUGUAAUUUCAUCAUCCAGGGUCUAUUUUAUAUUUUAUAUUUAUUAUAUCUAUUUUAUAUUUUUAUUAAGUAUAUUCUAUAAUAUCCUAUAAUAUUUCAAAAACAUUCCUUACAUUUGACUGUGAUAUUUGUAUUGUAUCCUAGAUAAGUAUUGUUUGUAGAGGGAAUAACAAAAAUAACAACUUUUGAUAUAAAUGCAUAUUUUGUGAUUAAUUAUUGGCAAUGCUGCUUGUUUUUUCCUAUGCUUAAGAUAUGGAUGAAUUAAAAGGUGCUGAGGGGGAAAAAGCCUCCUGCUGACCAGAGAAAGAAAGCAAACAUAUUAGGUCUAUAGUUUCAGAUAAGGCGAUACCAUUAAGUAUUGUAAAAAUGUUGACUGAGACCAAGCUGUUAUCAGACAUGCUGUUAAUGGUCAUACUGUAAGUUGUUUUUAGUGUUGCGAGAGUCUCAGGUGUCUGACGUGAAACUCAAUCCGCUCCGCUCUGUGUUUAUAUUCAGCAGCAGCAGCAUAUUCUUGGUCAGAAUAAACUCUGCCACUGCUUUGAUUUUUGUUUUUGUCGCUCUGCCGUACAAUUACAGCAGUUGCACGACACAACCCGUCAAUUUUUCAAUACAUGUCAAACAAUGACGGGGGUGAAGUUGAAGUUGGUGGCCUUGAGGUGCUUUAAUUACGGAGACAAACGGGCCGCGCAGUGUUGGACUCAUUACAAGCUGGGGGCAGUGGCCUCUGACCCCUACAACCUGCCAGCGAGCCAACAGGGUCACCGUGUGAAAUACAACACACACACACACACGCACACAAACAUUGAUUAAAGAGCCUGUUGGCCUGCUAAAGCCCGUCAAUAAAGCUUAUCAAUAAAGAAAGCUAGUCAGCUUCAGUGAUAAUAACACAAAAUCCAAUACAUGCAACUGAUGAGCCUUACUGUGGAGCGGUGCACUCUGUGACCUUUCCAUGUUUAACCGGCUCUGUAAUUCCCCCAGUUAGUCUCCCCAGAGUAGGCGUGCAGUAUAUCCUCCUCGAGUACAUGCUUUGAUAUUUCUAAGUUCGGCCUCCUGUAUACGCACUCAGCUCAGCCAGCAGCAGAUGACUAACACAUGCAUGUAAUAUGUUUCCUGUACAUCCCCCUCAUAUGAUUUACUCUAAUGAUACAGUACUUGAUGAAGUAAAUGAGUGCAGACAUCCCCCCCGUGGUUUUCCUGCUCAUUUUUUUUCCAACAUUUACAACAUAGUUCAACAUUCCUCUGAGGGUGGCCUUUUGUGACCUUUGGGUGUCAUUGACGCAACCAACCAUAAAGGGGUUUAGGUGCAGAGGAAUCAGAACCAGUGGAGCAGCCUACCAGGGCGGUAGCAGCCAGGCCUUGCCCCAAAACAGACGCCCUAGUGGGGGUAACGGAGGAGAUGAGGGAUUAGGAGAUAAUCCGGGAUGGUUCCGUGGUGCGGCCGCAGAACCGUUUGCAGCUGGACUCAGACCUAUUUCUGAGCUGAUGUCGACUAAGCCAAAGCCCAAGGCAAGCGGGGGGAAACCAGGCGACCUGACCGCACUCCAACUGGUCCGGCUUCUUCCAGGAACACAACUGCACAGUGUUCUCCCCAAUUUAUGGCUGUUUAAUUCAGCCAGCUAUGCAUGACAACGGGCUACGAAGAGGGGGACAGAGUUUGGCUUGCAUAUGAUAAACAGAGAUAAUAUUCCAGUGAACUGUUUGGCGCUGCAGGCCUGGAGUUUAACUUUUCAGAAAAUACACAGUUUCAAGAUCUUGGAUUAAGCUUUCAGAGCUAUUUCAGGUCCAUACUUUGGACUGCUGAGCUGUCAAUACUUUUGACAAAGAUCUAAGAGGAGAAAAGUUGACUUUACUUUACUCCGUUUUGCCAUUCAGUGGGAUUAAAGGCAAUUCCAAGCAUUGUUUAAAGUUGAUUUUUAAGAGAUAUUAAGCCAUUCCCCUCUUGUGAUCAUGAAUCUUCAGGAAAAGUUGUCAGGCCUAAAGGGACUGGUCACACACUCCCACAGCAAGCGCCGCUUUAAAGGCGACCUCACGCUGGACAUGAUAAGCCCUCCUCUGGGGGACUUCCGCCACACCAUGCACGUGGGCCGCGGCGGCGACGUGUUUGGGGACACCUCGUUCCUCAGCAACCAUGGCGGCACCGCCAACGGGAACAACGGGGAAACGGCUUCCGUCUCCAGCCCGGACAACAAGAUCGGAGCGUUCUUCUCCAGGACGCUCCGACACAUCAGGAGGGGCUCCGACAACCGACCCACGGGAGGGUCCAAGGAUCUGUCGCCGCCACCUCCCGUCCUUUCUCCCAUCAUCAAGAACGCCAUCUCCCUCCCAAGGCUGGAUGUGGACAUGCCAAAUGGGAGUCCCACUGCCAAAGUGCUCUUCCCUAGUUCUCAAAGCACGCCAGAGGAGGGGAAAAGCUCUUAUGGUCUCGAGUCUGGUUUCGUCACUCUGCCUCGUCUCUCCCGCUCUGAGCGUCAGCAGCCGUCCAUCUCCCUCCCUACUUCCUGCUCCCCUCACGUCCACCGCGGCUCUCUGACCGACCCCACUGAUGCCAUCUUGUCCACCUGCUCCGCCUCCAUCAUGACCUUUGACCCCAAACCCACCUACUCCGACUCCCUCCCCUCCCUCACGUCUUUGGACACCUUCACCUUUGACCUCGGCCCCUCCCUCAUGAGCGAGGUGUUCGGCCUGAUCGACGGCCACCACCCGGAGGAGCGCGGCCACACCUGGGAGGGAGAGGAGGCGGGGUCGGCGUGCGGGUUGACCAAUGAGGGGUCAGAGAUGGACUCGGCUACUAUCUCAUACGUGGACUCCCUGCUGAGGGAGGACUGCGGGGGCAGGAAGAGCCCGCAUGGGGCCGAGUGGGAGGAAGAGGAGGCGAACGGAGUCGGGCUUUCUGAUAAAGUACCUGAAGUGGCGAUGGGGUCCCCUGAACGAGGGAGGUUGGGGCUAGGGAUGGAGAGCGAGCGGUUUCAGAGCGCCACAGAUGUGCUCGCACGCCACUACGGCGUCAGCCACUCGAAGGGACGGAGCAGGAUGGAGGUUGCAGAUUCAGAGAUGAUGACCAUCAGCCAGCCCAAGAACAAAAUGUCCUACAGUUACAUGGACGACGAGGAUGAAAUCAAAGUCUGAGUGUAGAUGUUUUGACACUACGAAACUGUCUCUGAUGUAUGAUUUCUCUGUAAUUCCAAUCAAAUCAAUCAUCUAAAAUCUUGUUGUGGUCAACAAGGCUGGCUCUUUUGACAGGAUGACCAUGAAAACUACAACCCAGUAUGCUUCGCAUUGGAUGCUUUACUUUUACACAAUCACGCUUCAAGGAUGUACAGUUUUAACGCAGAACUGUCGCUGAAUCGAAUGAAAGACUCAAUGCAGAGAGGGAGAAUGCUUUUUUUUUUUUUUAAAUGAUAGGUCGAAACUUAAAAAAGGACUGAAACAAAGAGGAGGCAUUGGAAAGCGAGGAUGUGCCAGAGAAUGUAGAUGUAGAGAUCGUCACAAAGGAACCGCCAACACAAUACACAAUGUAGACGUUACGAAGCCUGUCAUUCAGUGUGGCUACAGCCUUUGUGCCAAAUGGGCAUUUUGAUAGCUUGGACAGUUUUCAUGAUGUUUCAGGAAAAUUUUGGGUCCGUUUCAGAUUUUAUAAUGGGUGUGUAUUGCACAGAAUGUUCGGCGCUAGAGUGAUGGAGCGGAGCAUGAAAAGUAUUCUCAUAAGUAUCCAUUUUAGCAUCAGUAACUGCAAUAUAAAGGAAGGGAUGCAACGGUAAAAACCUUUCACUUGUAUUGAACACUAAGAGGGAGAGAAAGUAAAGUCACACACAACUACUAGUUUGAAAUAUAACACAAUUAAGUCCAACGUCUAAGUCAAAUAUGCAGGAUAAGUAGGACUAUAUUCACUUUACUGAUUAAAUUAGUUGCUUUUUUGGACAGAAAUAUAGUUUUCUAUUUUUAUUUUUUCUUGGUUUAAAAGUUAUUUUCCUCUUUUUUUUCAUGUCAUAAACUAAAAUACAAACAAAUACACACGAGCAUGUUCAAACAGAAUUGGUAAAAAAAAAAAAAAGACCUCCUAUGAUGGACAACAGCCCCUUUUUAUUCAGAUGACGUAAACCUGCCGAGUAAAUAUUCCACAGGUGACCACCUCCCUUUGCAGAUGAAGGCCAUGUGAUGCGGCUGAAAGCUGUGGAAGAAACCCAAUAAGUAGACCGUGAGUUAUGAAUUCAAACUGAUGAAUUUACCAGUGCAAAUACCAGUUUACAUUAAUUAUAGAUAAGUCUUUAUCAUCAUUAUAUGUGGAUCUGCUUUCUACCCAGUUUUCUACAUUUCAAAAAGAAAUCUUUUGUUUUGAUCAAUAAUUCACGUAAGGUGCUCUUUAACAGAUACGGUUAUGUUAUAAAAUGUUAUUGUGAGCUAUAAAGUGUAUUUUCUGCUUGUA